AAAUGCUCCCAAAAAAAGAAGGUUAGAACGAACGCGAAGCCCAGCAAUGUCGCGAAUCUCGCUCCCCUCUUCCAUUGCUCGCUCCCAUCUCUCCUUCCACUGCGCUUCAGCACAUCGGCUCUUCAGCACCAGUAGCCCAUCGGAGAAGCAAGCGAAGAUCACCACCACCAUGGGCCAGUCGACGUGGAGCCGCUCCCUCAGCCAACGCUUUAACCCUGCGGGCAUCUCCCUCUUCGCCGGCGUCGCCGCCAAGCACCCCCACCUUGCCCUUCCCCACAUCUCCGUCCCCGAUAUCCGCUGGAUUGACUGGGCUGAGCUCGAGAGACUCGGCUUCCGUGGCGUCGUCUUCGACAAGGAUAACACCAUCACCGCCCCUUAUUCCCUCUCUCUGUGGCCCUCUCUUUCCCAUUCCUUCCAACAAUGCCGUGCUUCCUUUCCUGGAAAAAUCGCGGUUUUUAGCAAUUCCGCCGGUUUACGCCAGUAUGAUCCGGAUGGUUUGGAAGCUAGGGCUCUGGAAGAUGCCAUUGAAGGGAUUCAUGUCAUAAGGCAUGAGGUGAAAAAACCAUCUGGCACAGCUGAAGACAUAGAGAAGUAUUUUGGUUGCUCUGCCUCGCUUCUUGUUAUGGUUGGUGAUCGGCAUUUCACUGAUGUGGUUUAUGGAAAUAUAAAUGGUUUUUUAACUAUCUGUACCGAGCCAUUAACUCUUUCUGGGGAGACUUUCAUUGUCAAGGAGGUCAGGAAAUUGGAAAAUCUUCUUGUCAAUCGCUGGAGUCAGCAAGGACUGAAACCAUUGAGGCACAAUUUACUCUCAGAAAUCAAACAAUGUGUGAAACCACCAUCCUUGUAAGAAGAAGCUCUUUUGACAUUUAGAGCAGAUCAAUGAUUCUACACCUAAGAAGCUUUUUA